AUGUCGGCCGCAACCGGUGCAUCCGCGGCCGCGAAAGCGGCCAUCCGGCGGAUGAGGGGCAACGAGGUGUGCGCGGAGUGCGCGGCGCCGCAGGUUGAGUGGUUGGUGCUCGAGUACGGCGUGGUCGUCUGCAUCCGGUGCGCCGGCGGCCACCGCGGACUCGGCUCUCACAUCUGCAAGGCGUGCCGCCGCCGCGCUCACUCGCCUCACGGCAGCGGUCGCGUGAGACGCUGCGCCCGCCGUCUCGGCAAACAGGUGCGGUCCAUCGACUUGGACGACUUCUCCGAGGCCGAGCUUCAAUGGGCGCAGGAGCACAGCAGCGUGCGGAACGCCGCCAUCGCAGGGCCAUCCACUCUUUACCACAGCCGGUUGGCGGCUGUGUAG